CGGACGACAAACCUAGGCCAUCUCACUUUAUCGUGCCUGCGAUCUCACUCUUUUCGCGCAUCCGUACCCCUGGCGCUGGAAAUAAAUCUAAUGUUCUACAAGCUUUUGUAACCGUUUGUUGAAUAUGGAAAUCAAAGGAAAGAUUUGCUUCGAGCCCACCAGGCCGCGCGGUUUACAUCCCUAAAUUGCGAGCCAGGAAGUGCGCAGUGAGGCCACAAAUUCUUGCAAAUUGACAAGUAGUGGGAUGGCUGAAUUAACAAAAUUUUGUAAUUUCAUAAACUAAAAUGGUCGCCGUUUCAUGACGUUCGCAAAGACACUGGACUGUGUGGUCAAGAAUCCUACAGGGAGAAAAGUACAAGCCGAAUAUCACGCUGAGUAUUUCAGAUGGAGCGUCAGGCAAACUUAUGUGCAAAUAGGGUGAAAUCACAAGUAUGCUAAAGUGAGACAAGCUACAUUGGUCGUCGGUGUGACUUGUUUCGCUUGUGGUUGUACUGAUAUCAUGCUCUCUUAUUCACCCGCCACUUCUCCUCUUUGUCUAAAACUAUGACGUCAGCACUGCUUACCUGCGAAGCGUCAACCAAUCAGAGAAAAGGAGUUUCUAUACCUACCCUCAUAUUUCCACCGGAUAUUGUUCAGUAUGUCUCAGAAUUCCUAAGUACCUGCGGUUAACUGCCAAGGGAAGUCCUCGAGGUUCAGAACGACUGAAUACACCGGGAAUAUUCCAAAAGUUUCCCCAGACGCACAGUGUUGUCCACCAGAUGGCGGUUGCCGAACAUUAUUAAGUUCGGGUGUACGGAGCAACGAGUAUGGCGACCAGUUCUCGUUGGUGUAAAGUUUACCUGUUGAUAAUCGAGUCGAAUUCAGCCCGUAGAAAAACCAUAGAAUUAGCCCGACUGUAACGAGGCGAAUCGCUUCUGGCAUACACCUCGUUCGCAACGCAAUUCCGUUCUAAUGAGGUGGUUAACACUUUCAUACAGAACAAGUGUAACCAAACGAUGCACCAGAAUCUCAAGAGCACGAAAAUUAGGGGAGAAGUGCUGUCAUUGCCUGCACAUCUAGCAUAAAGGUCGGCGUACGAUGGUUCACCGCGUCACAAGCGCUCUGUGAUGGGCCUGAUAGUCGAGGAUUCGCCAGCGGUUUCAUUCACAUUCACAGAGAUAAAUAAAAAUGUAAUGUAAAUUCAUUCUCUGUGUUUACCCGCGGCAACCGACUCCCUCUACUUUUUCUUUGGAGUAGAACCUUUGGAAAAUUUCAUAUCAGAGAAUGGCAAUUCGCAUCACGCUAGAAUGCGGCCACUCAUCCACAUUACGUGCGCAUACCACAGCAGAGGGUUACACUCAUGAUUGGGAACUGUUUGUGCGGGGUGUACAGAACGCUGACAUACAUCAUUAUGUUGAGAAAGUGGUUUUUCAACUACACGAAACAUUUUCAAAACCAAAGAGGGUGCUGAAGGAACCACCGUUCGAGCUGAAAGAGUCUGGUUAUGCUGGCUUCGAAAUCCCCAUUCAUAUCUACCUGAAGAACAAAGAUGAGGGAACCAAGAAGAUCGAGUUACUGUAUGAUCUUCAUUUGCAAACCAGUGGUCCUGCCAUUGCAAACGUGAUGCGGCACACCGAGAUAAUUAACAAUCCCUCGGAUGAGUUCCGGCGAAAAUUACUGAAGGGUGGUGGCGCUAUAGUGUCGAGUUCCGAGAGUUCAGCCGAGAAAAGCGAGAUCAAGACUCCAACUAUGGUCGGCAAGCCAAAGUUGAGCGGGAGCGAGACGAAAAAGCACAAGACCGUUGAGUCGAAGACAUCGAAUUCCUUCGCUGAACUGUUCGGCACCCCUCUGAAGCCCACGAAAGUCUCGCAGGAUACGAAGAAGCCAGCACAGCCGGAGAAGUCGUCGGCCCCGAAGCCGGUGGUCGCUGCGGAGAAAUCCGAGAAAGUGGACAAGGCCUCGAAGCUGAAGGAUUCGCCCCACAAGGACAGCAAGAAAGAGAAGAUCGACGAUAAGAAAGACAAGAAGCUGAAGGAUCAGUCGAAGAAUAAGAAUCGGAGCAAAGACAAGUCGAAAAGGCCCUCUAGUCCGGGGGCGAAGAGUCACUCGAGCCCUUCGAACAAGCGACCACCGUCCCCGGUGUCCUUGAAACGACCGGCCAGUCCGUCUGCGUUGCCACCCAGUAAGCGACCAGUGUCGCCGAAGUCGAAGGAGAAAGAGCUCAAGAAGCCGGUCUCGGAGAAGGAGAAAGAGAAGAGCAAGGAGAAAGAGAAAACCAAGGAUAGUUCGAAGAGCGUCGUGGACCCGUCGAAAAGCGAAAAGAAGAAGGACAAGAAGAAGCACAAAGAGGACCGGGACAAGGAGCGCAAGGACAAGUACAAAGAGGGCGAGCGAUCCGCCUCGAAGGAGUCGUUGAAGGUCAGUGAGAAGAAGAGCGAGAAGCCGGAGAAGCCAGAGAAAAGUGAGAAAGAGAAGAGCCAAGAGUACAAAUCGACAAAGGACGGUCGGAAAUCGCCGAAGCAGCCGAAGGAGCCAGAGAAACCGAAGGAGGAGAAGCUUCCGAAGGUAGAGAAACCAGAGAAGACUGAGAAGUCGGAGAAGCCGAAAGAUGGCAAGAGUGAAAAGGACAGGCAAAAGCACAAGCACAGGAAGAGGGACAAAAAGGACAAGCGGGACAGUAGCAAGGAGAGAGACAAGAAGGAGAAACGGGACAGGAUAAAGACAUCCUCGGAAAAGCAAAACAAUGUCGCGAAUGCGUCGACGGGCAACCCCCUGUUAGCCCUCCUAUCGGAAAUGCCGGAGAGGGACAGCAGCGACUCGGCGCCCUCGGUGGACGACGAUUCGUUCUCGGAGCCAAAGCCGGUGACCAAGAAGGAGCCGGAGAACGCGACAGUGUCGACGCCGCCGACGGAGAUGCCGAAGCCGAUGUCGCCAGCGAUGCCGACGGAGAUCAAGAAGGAGAAAGUGGACAGAAACAAGAGGGAGAAGCCGAAGGGCAGCAAGGGCGAGGAGAAAGAGAUCCGCAAGCGGAAACGGCGGAGCGAGAGCAAGGGCGAUGACGAGCACGUCGUCAAAAGGGAAAAGGAUCGAGGUCCGUCGACUUCGCCGCCAUUGGAGCCUGUCUCGUCGAGCCAAUCGCCGGUGGCCGUCGAUCAGGAUCAGGUGCACAUCGCCAAGGAGAAGGAGGACAGGGCUGCUGCGGAGCAAGCAACAGAGAAGAACGUCGAGGUCGAGGCCGAGCAGGUCGCCCCCGACUCCACGAACAGCACUCUGGUCGACUCGGAGAUGGGCGAGCCACCCGUGUUCUCCGAGGACUAUGUGUCCCAGUUGAAAGACUUGCAGCAAAAGAUCAUGACUCUGCAGGACAACCAGGAGCUGCAGAGAGUCGUCCAAGUGAUUGCGGAGACCGGCCAGUACGAGAUUACGAAGAAGACGUUUGACUUCGACCUGUGCGCCCUGGAUCGUAGAACGGUGCAACGUCUGCAGCAGUUCUUCGCGUCGUGACCGUCUGUAGCAUAAAACACGCAUGACAUCUCUCUCUUUCAUUUUACAUAUUAUUAUUCUAUGUAUAAGUCACUAAGUUAUUUGAGCUUACAAGAGAUUCUUUCACCUGAAUAUAAUGAAGAAGGAAAAUAGUAAUAUAUAAGACCCCAGGAGAACGUAGCGGAAACACACGUACAGAACACCUUCUCGGCGAAGAGAGGAAAGACCGGGUUUUUUUUUUCGAUCUGGGCGUGUGCUCGAAUCUUCCGUGUUCUUUCGUUUCUGUUCUUUUUUUUCUGCCUUUCUAUUUUUUCUACUACUUCUAUCAUUACUACUACUACUACUACCACUACUACUACUACUACUACUAUUUCUUCUUCCACUUCAUUUUUCAUCUGUUUCGUCUAUUCUCGUCCUAUUCGGUAUUCGUCGAUUUUUAGAAACGCGUUGCAUAAAUUAUACACUCUUUUAGGGGAAAAAUUCGAUGUCGGGGCAAUCGAUUUAUCGAUUCGUAUUUAAAAUAGUCGGUUUUUCAAAACUCCGGGUUCUUCGUCCUCGUCAACGGGAUCAGCCUAUUUUGUUACACAAUUUUUACACGUUUCCAGCACUUGUUACUUUUUACGUUAUUUUGUACAUAGGUGAUAUUAUACAUAUAAUCUGUAUAAAGCACA